GCGCGGCUGCAGUUGGGGCCGCGGCGAUGGCGUUCUCGGUGCUCUGCGGUGUGCUGCUGGGAGCAGCGCUGCUGCGCGGGGGCGAGGCAGCGUGCGGCUAUCAGUCCUGCCCUGUGACAAAACCCAACAUGCUCAAUGUCCAUCUUAUCCCGCACACACAUGAUGACGUGGGCUGGCUAAAGACGGUGGAUCAGUAUUUCUUUGGAGUCCGUAAUGACAUCCAGCACGCUGGGGUGCAGUACAUCCUCGACUCAGUCAUCCCUGAGCUGUUGAGUGACCCUAGCAAGCGUUUCAUCUAUGUAGAAGUGGCCUUCUUUGCCCGUUGGUGGGGGCUGCAGACAGAAGCUACCCGCCAGGCUGUGCGGCAACUCGUUGCCGAGGGGCGCUUGGAGUUUGUGAAUGGCGGCUGGUGCAUGAAUGACGAAGCAGCUGUACACUAUUCAUCUGUCAUUGAUCAGAUGAGCUUUGGGCUCCACUUCCUUAAAGAGACAUUUGGCGAGUGCGGCCGGCCCCGGGUGGCCUGGCACAUUGACCCUUUUGGGCACAGCAGGGAGCAGGCGUCGCUGUUUGCACAGAUGGGCUAUGAUGGUUUCUUUUUGGGUCGCAUUGACUAUCAGGACAAGGCCCAGCGUGAGACAGCGCGUGAGAUGGAGCAGCUGUGGCGUGCAAGUGGUAGUCUAGAACCCCCAGUUGCUGAUCUGUUCACUGGCGUCCUACCAAACGGCUACAACCCUCCGAUGUCUCUCUGCUGGGAUCAGUCCUGCUCCGAUGACCCCAUCGUGGAUGAUGACAGCGAUGAAAACAAUGUUCAGAGUCUAGUGGCCUAUUUUCUAGGGGUUGCAGCCGCUCAGUCCAAGCACUAUCGCACCAACCACAUCGUCAUGACAAUGGGCUCUGAUUUCCAGUAUGAGAAUGCCAAUCUCUGGUACAAGAACAUGGACAAGCUGAUCAUGCACGUCAACGCACAGCAACUCCAUGGGAGCCACGUCCAUGUCCUCUACUCCACCCCAAGCUGCUACUUGUGGGAGCUGAAUCAGGCCAACCUGUCCUGGUCUGUGAAAUACGAUGAUUUCUUCCCAUAUGCUGAUGGCCCCCACCAUUUCUGGACGGGCUACUUCACCAGUCGGCCAGCUUUGAAACGCUAUGAGCGGCUCAGCAACAGCUUCCUACAGGUCUGCAACCAGCUAGAGGUGCUGGCUGGCGCACGAGCUAACGUGGGGCCUUAUGGCAAUUCCAGCAGUUAUGAGCUGCGGAAGGCCAUGGCAGUCGCUCAGCACCACGAUGCAGUGAGUGGCACAGCAAAGCAGCAUGUGACCAACGACUACGCCAAGCAGCUGUCAAGAGGCUGGGAUGCCUGCCAGGUCGUGGUCAGUAAUGCCCUGGCCAGUAUUGGUGGCAGCAAGGAGAACUUUGUGUUUUGCACAUAUCUCAACAUCAGCGUCUGCCCGUUGACUGAAGCUGCCCAGACAUUUGUGGUGCUUGUCUACAACUCACUGCCACGCCCUGUGAACCAGAAUAUCCGACUGCCAGUGAAUGGAAGCCGUUACUCCGUGACAGCUCCGGAUGGCCAGGCGAUUCUGAAUGAGGUCAUCCCUGUAUCGAGCUUCACGCAGAGGGUGCGACGUGAUCGAGGCAAUGCUGUCAAUGAGCUGGUCUUCCAGGCAUCUGCUCCUCCACUGGGCUAUAGUUCAUACACUGUCUCCAAAGUGUCUGGCAGGAACCCAGCUCGCUCCAAACUGCUGAAGAGGCUGCAUGAUCAAGACCUGCCUGGAAAGCAAAGUCCCUCUUGGGAAAUCCAGAAUGAGCAUCUGCGGAUCCUGUUUGAUCCAAAAACAGGCCUUCUGAAGGAGAUUCAGAACCUGGACAAGAGCAUAACGCUACCAGUUUCUCAAAACUUCUUUUGGUACAGUGCCAGUUCUGGGAACGAUGACAGUGGCCAGGCGUCUGGGGCCUACAUCUUCCGUCCCAACAAGUCUGAAGCCUUUCCCAUUAGCAAGGGAGUCCACUCUUACCUUGUGAAGACCCAGGUGGUUCAGGAGGUGUACCAGAAUUUUUCCAGCUGGUGCUCCCAAGUGGUACGGCUCUAUGCGGGGCAACCGUAUGUGGAGCUCGAGUGGACAGUAGGACCCAUCCCAAUCAGAGACGGCCUUGGCAAGGAGGUCAUCAGUCGCCUUGAUACAAACCUGAAGACCGAUGGGCGUUUCUACACCGACUCCAAUGGGCGUGAGAUUCUAGAGAGAAGACGGGAUUACAGAGCCACAUGGAACUUGAGCCAAACUGAACCAGUGGCUGGCAACUACUACCCGGUGAACAGUCGCAUCUACAUCAAGGACCAGAAGGUUCAGCUAACAGUGCUGACAGACCGUUCGCAGGGAGGGAGCAGCACAGCUGAUGGCUCUCUUGAACUCAUGAUACAUCGACGGCUGCUGUAUGAUGACAGCCGGGGUGUAGGAGAGCCACUGCUGGAACCUGGCGUUUACCAUGAUGGGCUUGUGGUUCGGGGCCGCCACCUUAUUCUUCUAGACGUGGCAGAGUCCUCUGCUGAGCAACAUCGGCUGCUGGCCCAGCAGGAAUUCAUGGCUCCCCAACUAGUGCUGGCACCUGGUGGAGGACCUCCAUACCGGCCUGACCAGCACAGCCUCAAGCAGUUCUCAGCUCUGCGCCAGGCUCUCCCCUCAAAUGUCCAUUUGCUCACACUGGCUCAAUGGGAGCCUGACUCCAUCCUGAUCCGCCUGGAGCACCAAUUUGAGCGAUCGGAGAGUGUCAACAGCUCCCUGCCUGUGACCAUUAACUUGAUGAACAUGUUCUCUUCCUUCAAUGUCACCACCGUGCAAGAAAUGAAUUUGGCCGCUAACCAGAAGCAACGCGACAUGAGAAGGCUAAUCUGGCAGUCAGACGCAGGCACAACAAGUCACCAGUCAAGCAGUAAGCUGGAUCCAACAAGGAUCACACUGCAGCCCAUGGAGAUUCGGACCUUCCUGGCUCAAAUACUGCAAGAGUUCCACGUAUGAAAUUAAUACUUUCCCUCUGAUUCUGUCCAGUUGGGAGUCAGCCGUUACCUCAAGCAGUGGAAGGACACGGGAAGCCUCCUGAGGGACUUUUCUUGCUGGAACAGAUGUCACCAGCUGUCUAGGCCAAAUAUUCUCAUCUCUUGUAGAGAGAGGAAUCUUUUGGGCUGCUUAAAGCCUUUCUUGACUGGCUGAGCUUGUUUUAUGAUCCUCCACCCCCCCCCCCGACACACACACACUGGUGAAUAGAAAAAAGGAUCACAGAAGAAUGGGCUGUUCUAAAAGGCUGCAAUGUGGUUGUAUUUUCUUUAGGGAAGCACAGUAUUCAUAGGCUACUGUCAUGUCUGUCCAUUACCUUUUCAAUAAACCACUUCAUAAAACCUUUUAGAACCUGA